AUGGCGACGUGCGCCGACCCGAUGGCCUGCUGCGACCUGGACAAGGAUGGCCUCACGGGCCUCGGCUGCGGCGUCAAGACGGCCUUUGUCGCAGCGGCGCAGCUCCCGACGUCGACCAGCGACUGGCGCAUGCACGCGUUCCGCUCGACGGGCUGCCGCCGCAUGUACGAGCCGAUCGCGCUCGUGUACGGCCCGGUCACGGACAACAUGCACAUCCGCGUCCACGACCAGUGCAUGACGUCCGAGGUCUUUGGCAGCCUCCGUUGCGACUGCAAAGAACAGCUCGAGACGGCUAAGGCGUUCAUGGUCAGCCAGGGCAGUGGCAUGGUCAUCUACAUGCCCCAAGAAGGCCGCGGCAUUGGUCUCGCCAACAAGGUGCACGCGUACAACCUCCAAGACCAAGGCGCUGACACGGUCGACGCGAACCGUGUCCUUGGGUUCGAAGACGACUACCGCAGCUACGAAUCCGUUCAGCACAUUCUGAACCACUUCCAGCUCUCGUCCGUGCGACUAUUGACCAACAACCCGCGCAAGAUCGACCUCCUCACCAAGCUUGGCAUCACAGUCUCGGAGCGCGUUCCAAUUGUCAUCCCAGGCCAGAAGCACAACCAGGCGUACCUCGACGCCAAGGCGCAGCGCAUGGACCAUCUCAUUCCGCAAGACUCUUCUCCGUCGGUCCCGACGCCGUCCUCUGUCCCGCUGCCCAUCGUCGCAGCGGUGGCAGGGCUCGUCAGCGUCGGCCUUGCGGCCUGGGCUGCCCAUUUCUCGAAAGUAAUUUCGUCAUUGGCGAUGGAGCAGUACCGGAAGGUGAGCAAGAUCGGCGAGGGGACGUACGGUGUCGUGUACAAGGCCGUCGACCUCCACAGCAAUGCGACCGUCGCGCUCAAGAAGAUCCGCCUCGAGAGCGAGGACGAGGGCGUGCCCUCGACGGCCAUGCGCGAGAUCUCGCUGCUCAAGGAGCUCGUGCACCCCAACGUCGUCCACCUCCACGACGUGAUCCACCAAGCCGACAAGCUGUACCUCGUCUUUGAGUUUCUCGACCACGAUUUGAAAAAGUUCAUGGACCUCCAAGGCGGCGCCAUGUCGCCGCUCGUGCUCAAGUCGUACGUCUUCCAGAUGCUCCGCGGUAUCGCCUUUUGCCACGCCCACCGUGUGCUGCACCGCGAUCUCAAGCCGCAGAACCUCCUCCUCGAUGCCCACGGGACACUCAAGCUGGCCGACUUUGGCCUCGCGCGCGUUUGGGAUUCCCAUCCGCAACUACACACACGAAGUGGUGACGCUGUGGUACCGCGCACCCGAGAUCCUCCUCGGCGCCUCGCACUACUCGACGCCCGUCGAUACGUGGAGCAUCGGCUGCAUUUUUGCAGAGAUGGUCAACCGCAAGCCGCUCUUCCCCGGCGACUCGGAGAUUGAUGAGCUCUUCCGCAUCUUCCGCGUCCUCGGGACACCGGACGAAGGCAUGUGGCCGGGCGUGAGCUCGCUGCCCGACUACAAGGUGUCGUUCCCACAGUGGCAGCCCCAGCCCUGGUCCGCGAUCGUGCCGGCGCUCGACCCGAUUGGCAUCGACCUCCUCUCGCGCAUGCUCGUGUACGAGCCGCGGCAGCGCAUCUCGGCCAAGCAGGCCAUGAGCCACCCAUGGUUCAACGACCUGCCGCGACAGCCCGCGACGCCGUACUACUAGCCGUCCUCGCCUUUCUUGUGGAAUUUCGACCAAUCGAGCAAUAGAACG